AUGAGCUCGGAAAAAGACUACAGUGAGAAACUAUGGACAGAUAUACAGCACCUUUUCAAAGUGUUAGCCGCAAGUAUAAAACAGACGCAUACUGCCACCAAAUCCGCGUGUGCAGCAGCAUUCCCAAAAUGGACCUGGCUUAAGAAUGCGCCGGAAUUAACGGUCUGCCGGCGUAUUGUAAACAUAUUUUUAUUCAUGGAUAGGAGACAUAAUUCUGGGGGAAACUGGACUACGCAGCGUAUAUUUCAGGGCGAUGAGGAGUUUGAGGAUUAUGUUCGGUGUAUGCUUGGGAACAUUGCUAUGGCGGAAUUGUUUAAGAAUAAUUGUAGCGCAAGGGGCAUCAUCGAUACAGUGUCCACGCACAUGGACCAGUUCAGGCAGUCCUUUGGGUAUGAGGAUGGAAGUAACCUUUGCAAGGAUAUGGGAUACGAGACACUAAUGGUUGGAUCGAAGUUUGUUGCAGCAACUAUGGCAGGCUGGAUAAGGAAUUGGAGCAUACAAAAUGGUGGAGGCAAACUAGCAGCAAAAGGGACAAGAACAUGUAACAAAGACAACACGGAUCAACAGGCGCGGAGCAACGUACCAGCUGUUAGAAUGUUUAAAAGCAAGGAUAACCUAGUAAUAACGGAGUUAGUGAAAGACGGGAAGGAUUUGGACAUGCACAAGAAAAAGCAACUGGCCGCAGAAUUAGACGAAAAGAGCGAAAAGCCGGGAGUAUUCGACGAUAUAAUGGGAAAGAUCUCGGCGGCUGCGGAGACAGUUCGCGCGCGCAGUGCCCUCGGCCAAGCCAGUACAAGUACUGUACAGACACCGUCGCCAUCACCACCAGGACGGGCAGAUCACGCUAGUGGGGAAUCGUCCGGGGCCAACCCAGCAGCUACAGCAUCGUCGGCAACACCGGUAGCACCGGGAGACACGGCAACACCGCCAGGGGCACCGACAGGUAAACCAAGUGCAGGACCCGAACUCGGGGAUACCGCAGGAGGCAGGUCAUUGCCGCCAUCGCCACCACAAGCACCGGCAUCCCCAGCAGUACCAGCCAGACCACCACCACCACCACCACCACCACCACCACCACCACCACCACCACCGGCCGCAGCAGGAUCAGGAGCAGUCGGCCCAGGACAAGGACCGGGUCAAGGACCGGGUCAGGGACCUGGACCUGGACAACAACCACCACCACCAGCACAGCCGCCUCAGGAGAAGACUUCUGAGGACGACCACAAGGGGAAGAAAGCAGACAAAGCAGGUAAGUGCACAGAGAGUUCCACCAGUACGAAUACGAACGGAUCCGGCGUUAGCAUAAGCUUCGGGUGCACUCCAGAUUCCGCGUUGGGAGUUCCCUCUAGUACACUCCUGACUCCCCCUGAUCCAGCGCCAGAUCACCAUGUUACUCAGGUUACACACAGUACGCACCAGGCAGGAUCACAACCGCCACCAGCACCAAGACCACCGACAGGCAGCAACGGACCCGCCAAACCAGCGCCAGCACCGGCGGAAUCGACCAAUGCAGGUUCGACAGGAACAUCAUCAGCACCAACAACACCAUCUUCUGACGCAACGACACCAUCAACAGGAACAGGAGGGCAGGGUGCAACAGGUGAAAAUGGUGAAGCCGGCGGUACGCAGGCCGUUGAUGGCGGCAACGAUGACCCCCCUCCUCUCAAUCCACCCAAACCAAAACCGAACCCCAACCCAGAUCAAUCGGGUAGUAGUGGCAGUUUCAGUGAUGCUGAUUUGGCGGAUGGAGUUUCUGGUGGGGAAGGAAAGGGAGGUCAGGGUGGUGAAACGCAUGCUGGCAGCGCCGGUAGCGGAAGUCCAGGAGGAGGAGGUCGUAGUGGUGGUGGUGGUACUAGUGGUGCAGGACACGGCGGUAGUGGUACUGAUGGUGCAGGGGACGCGCCUACCCCUGCCACCCCGUCCGUGCCGCCCGGCCUCAGAUGGCAAGAUGUCACGUGGUACACCCCCGCGAUCAUUCCCGCGGUGGUUGGUAUUGGGAUCAUUGCCUUUUUCCUAUGGAAGUACUUUGCGUACCUCGCCAAACGACGACGAACAUAUCGAACCGUUCGUGACGUGCCGUCACCGGCACUCGACGACGAAAUAUUGCAACAUCUACAACGCGGCGAACUGCCGCCACCCGAUUACGGGUACACCAUGAUUCGGGAUACGCAACCGGCGUCAACAUCCGCCCGACGACGACGCUCACCACGCGUGCAUACGCGCACGCUUAUCGAGCUACAUCUAGAAUUGCUCAACGAAUGUGAAGCGACAGAUUGGGAAAACGUCAAAGACGACUACUUGAAGAUUGUUGUGGACGAGUGUGCGCGUGACUUGGAGCAGGACGAUGACAGGAAUAACAACAUCUUAGGUGUGUCUACCACAAACCAGGAUUUAUCAGGGACCCAUGUUUCCUCCACUGACUCCAAAGGAACAGAUCCAUGUCCAGAUGGUGACCCCGAUCCAUGCAAGUGUAUGGACAACAUACAGUUCGCCACGGACCCUUCUGCACCUAACGAAGAUAACCCCCAUCCAUGGAGUUGUAUGGAAACUAUACAGUUAGAAACGGACCCUUGUCCACCUAAUGACCCCGAUCCAUGGAAGUGUAUGGAAACUAUGCAGUUAGAUGCACAACAGAGUCGUGCUCAUUCCAACCCCGGGGAUGCGACGUCGGCGUGCACCCAAUGGAUUAACUGGAUUGACCGCAACAAGCAUCUAUUGCGGCAGUGCAUGACGCAACCGUGGUUUCUGCAAUUAAAAGCGGCAUGGAAACAAUACCUGCGCGAGCACAUGGCGGCAGACGAAGACCACGGCGUAUCUGGCAACAGUGAACUGGGUGCAGCGGCCACCCCGCCGAUGAAGAAACUGGACUUGUGGAGACAGUGGAUAGCGCAACAACAUCGGCAACUGCGUAUGUAUGGCCAGGAGGAGUGGUUCCAACAUUUGUUGAAUAAUGUACAGGACGACACAGUACCGGCAACAGGCGAAGUACCUGGAGUCCAAAAAGACGUAGAAGUGGAACAUGUAAUGGCCGAAGAAGAUAGAGUGGACAAGGACUUAGAAGUGGAAAAAGUAAUGGGAACAGAACACAUGCUAAGCGUGCGAGUUGCACCAUGCACGCAACCUAUGCAUAAGCAACUUUCCAUGAAAAAACCGUUAACUGCCACAUUAUGCAUGCUCCUGCUCGCGUCCGUAAUCGAAGCAUGCGAAAUCGAGAGUAGUAUGCAAGAGAAGGAGUUAUAUGUGGAUGCCCUAUUGGAGCAACUGUGA